AUGUCUACCUCCUUCAGUAACAAGACCGUCAUCGUGACCGGCGGCGCAGGAGGGCUUGGUUUCGCAAUUGUACAAGCGUUUCUCGCCGCAGGCGCCAACGUCGUGGCGACGGAUAUUCAAGACACGCUGCUCGGUGCGCUUCCUGCCGCUGUUGAAGCCGAGCACAAGGAGCGCCUGCUCCCGUACAAGUGUGACAGUUCCGACGAUGCUGGCGUUCAAAAGCUCGUCAGCGACACGGUGGCCAGGUUUGGCAGGCUCGACAUCUUGGUCAACAAUGCAGGAAUCCUGGACAAGUUGCUGCCUCUGGCCGAAUGCACGCGCCACGUGUGGGACUCGAACCUCCUGGUCAACUUGACGGGCCCGUUCGUCACGAGCCAAAACGCCGUUCGACAGUACCUCUCACAGGAGCUCGUCAACGGACAACGUGGUACCAUCCUAAACGUGAUUAGCACAGCUGGAAACCACGGUGGAAGAGCAGGUGUCGCGUACACGGCCUCGAAACAUGGUUUGGUUGGGUUAACUAAGAGCACCGCGGCGUUCUACGGUCCCAAAGGCAUCCGAUCAGUCGGAAUCAUGCCUGGUGCGAUGCCCACCAACAUCUCAGGAGGGAGUCAUGAUUUCUCGCAGCUCCACCCCGAGGGCAUGGCUCUAUCGGGGGCGACUUGUCAAACGUGGCAAGGUGAGCCUGGUAAAGGUGGCUGGAACCUUGGGAUAUCCCCUCUGGAACAGGUUGCCAAGACGGUCCUUGUCCUAUGUUCAGAUGGCAUGAACACCAUCAACGGAGCUCUAGUACCGACAGACAUGGGCUGGGCGGCGGUGUGA